CAGGGCGGUGCGACUCCGCGGGCGAGCGAGGGGCGGGGCUCGUAGCGGGGAACUCCCCUUCCCAGGCCCAGGCAAGUCCGCGCGUCUGAGAGGCGCGGUGGUCGGGUAGUGGACCCUCUGGUCCUGUGGCCCCGGUUACUGGCCGCGUCGUGCGGCCGCCAUCUUGCCGGCGUGUGGACCAUCCCCGUCGGGAGGGGCUGCGACUAGGCCGGAAGCGGCAGUACGAAGGCAGCGCUGCCUCCCAAGUCGUGCUGUUAUAGAUGUUCUGGUGAGGAACACAGAAUCAUCAUCAUGGCUUUCCUUUGCUCAGAAACCAUUGAUGGGAAGUGAGUGCUUGUUAUACUUGAAGCAGAUUUUCAGUGAAUGGACCUAAGUGCACUCUUUGAGAUCAUCAGUAAGCAUGAGUGGUACCAAACCUGAUAUAUUGUGGGCGCCACACCAGGUUGAUAGAUUUGUUGUAUGUGACUCAGAACUUAGCCUUUAUCACGUGGAAUCUACUGUGAAUUCAGAAUUCAAAGCUGGAUCUCUACGUUUAUCUGAAGACUCUGCAGCUACAUUACUCUCAAUAAAUUCAGAAACACCCUAUAUGAAAUGUGUUGCCUGGUAUCUCAAUUAUGAUCCUGAAUGUCUCCUAGCAGUUGGACAAGCAAAUGGUCGAGUUGUACUUACAAGUCUUGGUCAAGAUCAUAACUCAAAGUUCAAAGAUUUGAUAGGAAAAGAGUUUGUUCCAAAACAUGCACGACAAUGCAAUACUCUUGCAUGGAAUCCAUUGGAUAGUAACUGGCUUGCUGCUGGUCUAGAUAAACAUAGAGCUGACUUUUCAGUGCUGAUUUGGGACAUCUGCAGCAAAUACACGCCUGAUAUAGUUCCCAUGGAGAAAGUAAGACUUUCGGCAGGUGAAACUGAAACAACAUUAUUAGUAACAAAACCACUCUAUGAAUUAGGACAGAAUGAUGCUUGUCUCUCUCUUUGUUGGCUUCCACGAGACCAGAAACUUCUCCUUGCUGGUAUGCAUCGUAACCUAGCCAUUUUUGAUCUUCGGAAUACAAGCCAAAAGAUGUUUGUGAAUACAAAAGCUGUCCAGGGCGUGACAGUAGACCCAUACUUCCAUGAUCGCGUUGCUUCCUUUUAUGAAGGUCAGGUUGCAAUAUGGGAUCUUAGGAAAUUUGAGAAGCCAGUUUUGACUUUGACUGAGCAACCAAAGCCCUUAACAAAAGUAGCAUGGUGUCCAACUAGGACUGGUCUGCUUGCCACUUUAACAAGGGAUAGUAAUAUUAUUAGAUUAUAUGAUAUGCAGCACACACCCACUCCCAUUGGAGAUGAAACUGAACCCACAAUAAUUGAAAGAAGUGUGCAACCUUGUGACAAUUACAUUGCCUCCUUUGCUUGGCAUCCAACAAGUCAAAAUCGAAUGAUAGUUGUAACUCCCAACCGAACAAUGUCUGACUUCACUGUUUUUGAAAGGAUCUCUCUUGCCUGGAGCCCAAUUACAUCUUUAAUGUGGGCUUGUGGUCGUCAUUUGUAUGAAUGUGCAGAAGAAGAAAAUGAUAAUUCUUUAGAAAAAGAUAUAGCAACGAAGAUGCGCCUUCGGGCUUUAUCGAGGUACGGACUUGAUACAGAACAGGUGUGGAGAAACCAUAUUUUAGCGGGAAAUGAAGAUCCACAGCUCAAGUCACUCUGGUAUACUCUGCACUUUAUGAAGCAGUAUACAGAAGAUAUGGAUCAGAAAUCUCCAGGCAACAAAGGAUCAUUGGUUUAUUCAGGAAUUAAAUCAAUUGUAAAAUCAUCUUUGGGAAUGGUAGAAAGCAGCAGACAUAAUUGGAGUGGGUUGGAUAAGCAAACUGAUAUUCAGAAUUUAAAUGAAGAGAGAAUCUUAGCUUUACAGCUUUGUGGGUGGAUAAAGAAAGGAACGGAUGUCGACGUGGGGCCAUUUUUGAACUCCCUUGUACAAGAAGGGGAAUGGGAGAGAGCUGCCGCUGUGGCAUUGUUUAACUUGGAUAUUCGACGAGCAAUCCAGAUCCUGAAUGAAGGGGCAUCUUCAGAAAAAGGUGAUCUGAAUCUUAAUGUGGUAGCAAUGGCUUUAUCGGGUUAUACGGAUGAGAAGAACUCGCUUUGGAGAGAAAUGUGCAGCACUUUACGAUUACAGUUAAACAACCCGUAUCUGUGUGUCAUGUUUGCAUUUCUGACAAGUGAAACAGGAUCUUAUGAUGGAGUAUUGUAUGAAAACAAAGUUGCAGUACGUGACAGAGUGGCAUUUGCUUGUAAAUUUCUUAGUGAUAGUCAGUUAAAUAGAUACAUCGAAAAGUUGACCAACGAAAUGAAAGAGGCUGGAAAUUUGGAAGGAAUACUGCUUACAGGCCUUACUAAAGAUGGAGUGGACUUAAUGGAGAGUUAUGUCGACCGAACUGGAGAUGUCCAAACAGCAAGUUACUGCAUGUUACAGGGUUCUCCCUUAGAUGUUCUUAAAGAUGAAAGAGUUCAGUACUGGAUUGAGAAUUAUAGAAAUUUAUUAGAUGCCUGGAGGUUUUGGCACAAACGAGCUGAAUUUGAUAUUCACAGGAGUAAGUUGGAUCCCAGUUCUAAGCCUUUAGCACAGGUGUUUGUGAGUUGCAAUUUUUGUGGAAAGUCUAUCUCCUACAGCUGUUCAACUGUGCCCCAUCAGGGCAGAGGUUUUAGUCAGUAUGGUGUCAGUGGCUCGCCAACAAAAUCUAAAGUCACAAGUUGUCCUGGCUGUCGAAAACCCCUUCCUCGAUGUGCACUUUGCCUCAUCAAUAUGGGAACACCUGUUUCUAGUUGUCCUGGAGGCUCCAAAUCAGAUGAAAAAGUAGACUUGAGCAAAGACAAAAAAUUAGCUCAGUUUAACAACUGGUUUACAUGGUGUCACAAUUGCAGACACGGUGGGCAUGCUGGACACAUGCUUAGUUGGUUCAGGGAUCAUGCCGAGUGUCCUGUGUCUGCAUGCACGUGUAAAUGUAUGCAGUUGGAUACAACAGGGAAUCUGGUACCUGCAGAGACUGUCCAGCCAUAAAAUGUUAUCCCCUAAAGAGGAACCUUCAAAUGUGGAGCUUUCUGAUAGAUGUCCUUCAUAGCUCAGAAACAUACCUCAGAACAAGUCACUUGUGACUUUCCUGUAAUGGGAAAAUAAAUCAUUCUAUCAAAUCACCAAUUUGAUGUUUGAGUGAUUUUGAUGUACUUCACAGAGACAAAUGCUGCUGAAAUGAACAUCAGAGUGUGGGCAUGAAUUCUGUUCAGUAGGUCGGAAAAGUUCAUUUUGGAAAGAACUUUUUAGGGUUUUGUUGAAAUUAUGAACACUGUGCAAACAGAGUUUCUGGAGUGACGAAGAACAGACCUUGAAACCAUACUUUUUAUGUUGCAAUUGGUUAUCUUUCAGUAAAAUCUGUACACUUUUAAAAUAGAAUAAUAUGACCAAUUCAGUGAUUCAGACGGUAAUUUAAGCUUACUCAUGCUUAGAUUUCUUCCAGAUUAAAUUUAAAUUGUGGAUUUUUACUUUUAGAAUUAGAAAGCUCCCUACCCUACACUGGAGAAUUAUUUAUCAAGGUGUGAUUGAUACAUAUAUUUUUAAGGAGUCUCUUCUCUCAUACACUUUCAUUUUAAGAUAAGAAAUCUUUUGGCACAGAGAUUUAUUGUCUUCCAAAGAAAAGUCAAAAUUAAGAGUGUAUCCUACAACUUUUUCUCUUCUGAGGAGAAAAAUAUGCACCAUUUCAAGGAAACGUAUAAAAUUUUCCUUUUCAACCUUUUGCUUUCCAAUGUCCUUAUUUGUCUUCAAAGAUUUCUGUCCCUAUUAAUUUAUCAUCUUAUGCUCAUUAUCUGGAAGCAUUUGGCUGAAUACAAAGUCUAUACAAGUCUAUAUGUGACCAACCAUUCAGCAUAAUCUAUGUCACUAUGUCCUACUGUCAGAUUCCCUCUUGCAGAAUAUCCUGUUUUUUCUAAGGUAGACUGGGAGAUGUUGGGGAAACCAGAGUCACUUUGGAGACAAUUUCACCUUUAAUGUAAGUUUCUUAAAGUAAGUAUAUUUGGGCCAAUUUAGGGACUUUAUUUUCAAAUUUUAUUUUUUCCCUUUUCACAGCUAGAUAGUUGGAAGAGAAAUACAAAAGAUUUGUAGCAUCAUCUGACAUAUGCAGAGGACUGAACUGAAUUUCAUAGUUGAAGUUGUACUUAUAGAAAAAUAAAAAGUAAGCCUAAAAAUUAUCUUAUAGAUUUUGAAGAAAGAAAUAUCUUAAACAAGAAUUUUAGAAGCUUUCACGUUAGCAGUUUUACCUGGUGAAACUAAGAUCUAUUAGAUUAAUUUGAGGUAUGACUUAAAUCCUGAACAAGGGUGGAUUAAAUUUAUUUUGUACUUUGAGAUCUGUUACAAAAGUCUUUUUUCUAGGAAAACAUUGCAUACCUACUCUAAACAUCUCACCUAGAUGACAAUCUUUU